AGUCUCGUGCGCCUUCUCUAUCUUCACGCGGCACUCGCUUAUCGCGGUUAGUGUACUGUUAGCCCGCGAGCUAACCCCAUCGUUUCCAGGUUUCGUGUCGACCUGAAAACACCCGACCCAGAGAGACACGGAAAAUACUGCGCACUUGAAGACGUUUUGGGCCCACGCUGCACGCAGGAGCGGGACAAUGCCGCACAACUUCCAGCCCGGAGACCUGGUCUUCGCUAAAAUGAAGGGAUACCCCCACUGGCCAGCCAGGAUUGAAGAUGUGGCCGAUGGAGCAGUGAAACCGCCUCCUAAUAAAAUCCCAAUUUUCUUCUUUGGAACACAUGAAACAGCAUUCCUUGCACCAAAGGACCUUUUUGCCUAUGAAAAGUACAGAGAACGCUAUGGAAAGCCCAACAAAAGAAAGGGAUUUAAUGAAGGUUUAUGGGAAAUCCAGAACAAUCCGCAUGCCUCAUACAGUGCUCCACCUGUGCCUGCAAGCUCGUCCGACAGUGAGGGCAACAAUGCAGGAGGAGCAGGAAGUGAUGAGGAUGAUGAAGAAGAUGCCCCAGUUGCUCAGAAAGCUGACUCAGGUAGUGAGGUGGACUCGGAUUCUGGGAGUGAAGACCAAGAAAGGGGAGGAGGUGCCAAGCGAAAGUUGCAGGCUCCCAAGCGGCCUCCACCUCCAAAAAAGGCUCGGGGCUCGUCCAGUGAUCGAGAUGAGGAAAGUGGAUCGCCUUCUGAAUCAGACGCCACACCUUCAGAUUCGGACUCUGGCAAAAACAGUGACCAGGAUUUCACUCCAGAAAAGAAAUCAGGUGGACGAGGUGGAAAGAAAGCUGGAGGCAGAGGAAAGAAAAAGGCUUCAUCUGAUUCAGACUCAGAGUCCGGAUCAGGUUCUGAGAAGAAAGUAGUAGAAAGUGAAUCUGAAGAUGAGAAGCCUCGACCAGCUCUGUCUGGUUCAGAAUCGCAGUCCGGCUCAAAGUCUGGAUCAGGAUCGGAAUCAGAUCCACCACCUAGGAAAGGCCCACAAGCUCGCAAGAAAGAGAAGCCUGCGCCAAAGCCUCGUGCACGGAAACCUAAGCCUGCGCCUGCAAAACGAGCACCUUCAUCGUCCUCCGACAGUGACAGCGACAGUGAACCCGACCGCAUCAGUGAAUGGAAGAAACGCGAUGAGGAACGCAGACGAGAGCUGGAGGAGCGCCGGAAAAAGGAGGAAGCAGAGGAAUUACGCCGUCUACGGGAGAGAGAGAAGGAGGAGGAGGAGGAAAAAAAGAAAAAGGACAAAGACAAGGCUAAAAAAAAGAGUGACAGUGACAGCAGCAGUAGCUCAGAUGAAGGUAUUGAUGAUCACCCGCUGAAGAAGUCCAAGAAACCCCCUCCACCGCCAAUUCCUGCGCCCUCGGAUUCCGACUCCCCCCCACCAGCUGAGGUGAAAAAACCACAGAAGAAAAUUGACAGCCAGAAGAAGGCAAGAAUAAAGAAAGAGAAGGAGAGAAAAGAAAGGAAAGAGAAAGAACUAAAAGAAAAGAAAGCCAAACGGUUAGACGAGAAGUCCAGAGCGAGGUCAAAACCUGAAAAGCCCAAACGCAAACCGGGAAGGAUGCCUGAGAAGAAAGUGGAAAAGAAAAAGGAGCCAUCACCAGAGGAACGGCUACAGAAACUCCAUACAGACAUAAAGUUUGCACUCAAAGUGGAUAACCCAGACAUUGACCGAUGUCUACAAGCACUGGCGGCGCUGGAAGCCGUACCCGUCACCAGCCAGAUCCUGCAUAAGAACGCUGAAGUGAUUGCCACUUUAAAAAAGAUACGGAGAUAUAAAGCCAGCACUGCUGUCAUGGAAAAAGCCAGUGAAGUCUACAACAAGUUAAAGCUUCGCUUUGUGGGCAAGUCCGAGGUGGCAGCUAAACCUAAGGACGACAACAAGGAACCAGACAAUGAUGAAAAAGAGGCACACAAUGCAGAUUCCACUCCAGUGAACGGGGAGUCAGAGCAGAAACAAAAUGUGGAGGUGGAUGAAAAAACAAAAUCACCGAAGCAGGAGGAGAGCAAUGACGACAACAACACUUCAAGUCCAAACAGAGAAAGCUCUGGAAGUCCAGCUGAAAACCAGACAAAUGCAUAUGAAGAGGCAGACAACUCCAUCUCCGCAGAUCUGGAACCACCUGCUGUAGAAAGCUGAAAGACCUUUCAAACCCACCGCAGUGGACCAAGUGCUAAAAGAUGGUGGCCUCGGUUUGAUGUCAUACAGUGCUCCUGACCCAGCUACAAAACUAUACACACAAACACACACCCAGCGAUUCCUACAGUAUCUGUUACGUCACUGUUAAUGUUUUGGAAGUUUUGUACUAAAUUGAUAUCAAACCAGAAAGCCCCUUUUCUUAAACUGUUGGGUCCUUUUAUUUAUCACAGCAAAAAAGGAAAGCUUCUUAGAGUGAUUGUUUGUGGCCUUGUGCAAACUUCUUUCAUUUCUGAAAUGUACUUUUCCUUUUAUACGGCACUCGGCUCGUCCUGGAUUCUCUUUCGUGUUUCUGACUGCGAUUUUUUUUUUUUUUUCGUCACAUGAAAUCUGUCUUUCUUUUAAUGCCAUAUGCACAGUUGUGUUCAAAAUAAUAGCAGUCCACCAUGACUAAUCAGACCACUGUUUUUUUUGGGGUUUUUUUUGUAGAAAUAAUGCACCGGAGCAAAUAACAUACCAGUACUUGUUGUAGUCGUAAAUAACCAAAGCACUGUCAUUCAUGAUAUGCAUAUUCCUGAGUUGUUUAAUUGAAUAAUUUAUUGAAAGGAACAUGUUCAGGGUGAUAGCAAUGUGGAAUUCAAUCAAUCAGGUCAUUCAUUCCAUGAAAAAACAGCUCUGUCGGGGCCUCUUAUUUAAGGUUGAAGCCAAUAUGUUGACAACGUAUUUGUCUCUGAUAACCUCAAAAGAAUAUGGCUUUUCAGACAUUUUUUUGAAGUUCACCAAGAUGGGGAAUAAAUAGAAGCAUUUUAGGGACUGAUGAAAUCAGAAAUUUUCUUUUGUUUUUUCCAAAUUUUUCCAAGGCUUUCAGUUUGUCAAACGAUCUUCAGAAGACAAGGGUGUUUCUUUUGCUUUGUUGUUGGACUGUUAUUGCAUACCACAGCACUGAAUUUAAUUGGUAUUCAUUUUGCAAAGCAAUGAUUUGAAGAAAGGAGAAAAGGUUCUUCAUGUUUUGGUUUAGAAAAUAAUGUGUUGUGCUCCAAAUUCAUUGACGGUAAAACUAUUAUAAGGAUUUUGAACUUGAUUCACUCUAUCAGAUGCAUUGUUAUUUUGAACACAACUGUAUAAUGAAUGAUCUCAUUCUUAGGACUUUUUUUCCAGAAGUUUGGCUGGACUUGCCUUGUUUGAGUUUCAACUUGAAUGACUCUGGGGAAUCUGGGAAAUUAUUCAGUCAUGUUAUUUUCUUGUUUUGCGGAUUGUGUAGCCCUGACGUCUUUUGGCUUUAUUUUGUAAAGCCCACAAAACAUUACAAUGGCAUCUUGUCUGUGUGAGUGGUGAAGUACAUAUUUGUGAGUCUAUGAUUUUUUUCUUUUUUUUUUCUUUUGUAUCUUCUUUUUGAUUAUCUGGUCAUGAUCCAGUUAACUUAAACAGUUUUCCAGUUGAGGUCCAUCUACUUUUUUAUAGCCUUGCUUUCCAAUAGUUACGGUUUUGUC